ACCGCCGCCGCCAUGGCGAUGCAAGCGGCCAAACGCGCGAACAUUCGGCUCCCUCCUGAGGUGAACCGCAUCCUCUACAUCCGCAACCUGCCCUACAAGAUCACGGCCGAGGAGAUGUAUGACAUCUUCGGUAAGUACGGGCCCAUCCGUCAGAUCCGCGUGGGGAACACCCCGGAAACCCGCGGCACGGCCUAUGUGGUCUACGAGGACAUCUUCGACGCCAAGAACGCCUGCGACCAUCUGUCGGGCUUCAACGUGUGCAACCGCUACCUGGUGGUGCUCUACUACAACGCCAACCGGGCCUUCCUGAAGAUGGACACGAAGAAGAAGGAGGAGCAGCUCAAGCUGCUCAAGGAGAAAUACGGCAUCAACACGGACCCGCCCAAGUGA